AACAAUAACAAGAGACAAUUGGCGCGAAUGCAGCCAGGCUCUUUUUUCCCCCGAAGGAGGCUCUUUCUCGCAGAGCGAGCCAGCCGAAGACCGCCCGCGGACACGCUCCCCUCCUUUGGCCCUGACGAGAACAGCCUUCAGAUCGGAGGUCGGGACUUGGCGCCACUUGCCGGCUUCUAGCGGGGAGGAGAAGGGAGGGUCCAACAACGCAGCCAGGGCGCCGUUUCGGCAGCCUCUCCCAUUCCACCGGGAAGCCUCCCUUUAGGACCGGACUCCCUGGGCUGCAGUUUGGAGUAGCUUCCAGGUUGCCAAAGCGCCGGCGGUGCGUCUACGAGUGUGUGAGAGAGUGUGAGUGAGUGAGUGUGUGUGUGUGUGUUGGGGCUCGCUCUCUAGGACUGCUUCGGCCAGCCUCCUCCUCCCUUGACAGGCUGUGGGUGGGUGUGAGCGUGAGCGUGCUAGGAGCUAGUGUGCAAGACCAUCGCACUCCCAGGACGCGCGCACAUGCGCGCGCAGCCCUCCUGCCCGCCUUUCCUGCUUCCAGUCAACCAGCCUGGAUUAACCUUUCCGGCUCCCGCCGUGUCUUCGCUCUCCUGACCGCUCCGCACCACCGGAAGCCUGUUCGGCACUGCCGAGCCUCUUCGCCCACCAGCCAUCCCUCCCGAAGCCUCGCCUGCCCUCUGGUCGCGCGGGACACCUCUCGGCAACCUCCCGCUCCCGACCCCGCCGGAGAGAACUGGCAGCGGCUCCGGACUCCUCCUUCAGAAUCAGGGGCUGCCCUCUUCGGCUUCCUCGGCAGCCCGGCCCGCUUCUUCCUUUCUGCGACGGCAGGAGGCCGCAUGAGAAGCCAACGCUGCGGGAACCGACCCGCCGGGAUGGGCUGAGCGGCGGAGGGAGAGGAGCUUCGUUCGCCGGUGAGUGAGCGAGCGGUUGGCGCUGCCGCUUGGGGGACUCUUGGUGCAAUGCAACACCGCGUGGCAGGCUGCAGGGCUUGGCCGACCACAGGCUGAGGAGGGGAGGAGGAGCGGACAUCCAAGCGGGAGCCGGCCUUGACUUGUCCAUGAGAGGCUUCUUUUCCCCAGCGGGGCUGGAGGAAGCGGGCGACGAGGGCUUGCUCUUCGCCGUCCUCCGGAUCGCGCUUGGCAGCAGGUGGAUCCUGCCGGUCCUGCUCGGGGGAUGAGCACAGCGGGUCCUCUGCCCCCUCGGCCUCGUUCCCGCCCUCCGCUUAGUGUUCUGGCAAACGCCGGACUUUGCCAGCGCCGGCAGGACCCUGUCCCAGUGCCCUCACUGCUGCCUCCAUGGUUCCUGCCCCUCCAUCUUCUCUUCUCCAGAAACGGGACCCUGACUCUUCCUCGCUGAGUCUUACAAUGUGGUUUCAGGAUGCUCCGGUGUCCCGUCGAUGUCUUGCUCUGAGCUUUAAAGCAUCUUGGCUGCUGGUGCUAUUGAGUUUGGGCACUGGCCGGCAAGGGGGGUUGGCGCUGAAUUGCCCCAAGAACUGUGUCUGUGCCAGCAACAUCAUCAGCUGCUCCAAAGCGGACCUGAAAGUCUUCCCUCAUCACCUUCCUCAUUACGCUGUUGUCCUGGACUUUAGCCACAAUCAGCUGACCCACCUGCGAGCGGAGUGGACUCCUUUCCAGCUCUCUCACCUCCAUUCCUUGUUCCUCAGCCACAAUGGCCUUCACUUCAUCUCCACCGAGGCCUUCAGCAACGUCCCACACCUGAAAUACUUGGACCUCUCCUCCAACGCCAUUGAUUCACUAGGAGAGAACAUCUUCAGUAAACUGACUGAGCUGGAGGUGCUCCUCCUAUUUAGCAACAAGAUCUCCAAGAUUGACCGCUCAGCUUUUGAUGAUAUGGCCAGCCUCCAGAAACUGUACCUUAGCCAUAAUGAGAUCUCCCGCUUCCCCCUGGAGCUGGUAAAAAAUGGAGAGGCCAAACUUCCCGAAUUGGCACUGCUGGACCUUUCUUCCAACAAGAUCAAGAACCUGCAGGUGAAGGAGGUCAAUGGGCUCCCAGCCUGGAUGAAGAACGGCCUCUAUGUUCACGGCAACCCUCUCAGCUGCCAAUGUGAGCUUUACAAUCUCUUCACCCACUGGCAGAAACGGCAACUAAGCUCAGCUGUGGACUUUGAGGAAGAGCUCCAAUGCUUGGAUCAGACCAAGAAUAAAAACAUCACAAUUUCCAGCCUGUAUGAUCCAGAGGGCAUGAAUUGCAGUGCCUUCAAGGAGCAAGUCCUAGAGUUCCACCGUGGGGACAAGGUAACCAUCAAUUGUGAUACCAGGCAACGAGGAGUAACAGUUAAGGAAUGGGUGACACCCCGAUAUGAGCAUGUUCAACAGGAAGAUGAUAAUAACACCAUUACUCUGCUGCCAAAUGGAAGCCUUCUGAUAAGUAAUAUCAGCAUAGAGGAUAUGGGUCUGUAUACCUGUUAUGCAGUAAGCCAGGUGUUCAAUGAGACCUUUUAUGUACAAGUCACAGUCCAUAACUAUACCCUUCAUGGAGUCCCGGACAUGUUCAACACAGCCUACACCACACUAGUGGGCUGUAUCCUGAGUGUCAUUCUUGUGCUCAUCUAUCUUUAUCUGACUCCAUGCCGUUGCUGGUGCCGCAGCAAUGAAAAGCAGGCUAACCAACAAGAGGACAGUAUCAACUCUUCAGUGCUCAGCACCACUCCAAAUCACAAUGCUGAAGUGACUGGGGACAAGGAAGGAUUAAAUCGGAACACAGUGCCAAGCAGAGCCCAAGGCCAGAAUGGCAAAUGCAAACCCACCAACUCCCCCAAACAUGCACCCAAAGGAGUCCAGAAGGUAGAGAGAAAAUUGUCAGAUCCAGAUUCAGUCAGCUCAGUCUUCUCUGACACUCCCAUUGUGGGACCCUCACCAAAUGAAGGCGGGAGAGGAAGUAGUAGGGACAAGGCAGGGACUGAAUUAGUUGGACUGCUGUGAUCAUUCAGGCUAUGAAAGGAAAGAACAGGAACAGAUCCACCUCUUUAUCAUCAAGCCAGGCACUAUUCUAUAAUCUGCCACAGUCUGUAACAGCAUUCCUGUUUGGUUCCCUUCUUGUUGUGUCCAGUGUUGAAAACCUGAUGUCUCAACUUACUCUCCGGCAGUUUCUGAGCCUUCUGGGUUUUUUUUUGUUUUAAUUUUGGAAUGUGAUCUUUCAGUUCCCUUGCAUUAGAAGUUUGCAAACAUCCCACUGAGAAAAAAAGAGACAAAACAUGAAUAAUCAAGAGUACUAACUAGGUUUUCUGCAUCCUGCUACUGCAUUUGUAUUCCCCCUUCUUAAGGGAUUUUGCUCCCAAAUAUCCAUGCAAGUAUGAAAUUCAGAUCAGGUCUGUUCACCUAUUGCAGCCAGAAUGUUAUGUGUCAUUUUAUAAUAGGGCCAUAAGCUUUCAGAAGUAUCUGCUCUUUCCUCAGAAGGAUAAAAUGAGCUUAGAAAUCAUAUUUUAGCUAUCUCUGAUGCAAAUUAAAUUAAAUCAUAUUAUCCACCAUAGCUCCAGCUAUAGUGAUAGUCCCAAGUAGCCAAGACACUGCGAAAAAUAACUUUUAAAAUGCCUAAGUAGUUUUUUUUUAACUAUUGCUAAAUCAUUUUUUAAGCAGCAAAUGAACAUUUACACUGUACCAGAUUUCUCAGGAUAUAACUCAAAAUAUUUUCUAGCAAGCAAGUAAGCCUGUUUUCCGUAUUGUGCAAGUGAAAAAAGAUGGGGAAAAUGGAAAUAUAACAGUGAAAGUGGGUAUGAUGCUCUCUCUUCCUUUCUCCCAUCAAGAGCUUAGUGAAAGGGAGUUAAAUCCAAAGAUUUUAGACUUCAGAGCAUCAAACUGCAAGAAAGAACCAACAGCCUUGGGAACUGGUAAGCUGGAAUUCUGCACCCCUAUCUUGCUUUCUCUAAAAUGCAACAACAAGAACACAACAUGGCUGGAUGCAGAUCUACUGCCUUUCCCUUUCAGCUCUGGCAGUUUAAUAGUCAGAUUCCAAUUACAGAUUAUGGUCAAAUUUUAGCACAUCUCCACAUCCUUUCAGAACUUCAGCAAGACAGGAGCCUAUGGCAAGCUAUAUAGCUCCAGAACUAUUUGAUGCUUCAUCAUCUUCAACCAAGUUUUUCUCAUGUUUAUUUAGGAGGCCAAGCAUGUUCCAGAUGUUUGGGGGUAAAGGGAAAUUUUAUGAGCCAUUCUAUUUUAGCAGGAGCCAUGCAACACAGCUUUGUAAUGUGUAGGUGGGAUAAAUUCUAGUUGGAGAGAUUUUGCUGGAAGCUACUUAUAUGGACUUUGAACAUCCUCCUAAAACAAACAGCAUUGAGCCUGACACUUAUCUAAUUGUUUGAUUUUUUUUUUAAAAAAGUAUUCUUCCAUAUGUUUAAAUUGGCUUUUCCUCCCACAGGGAGAUAUAUAGAAACAACAAAGAUAUAAGAAGAUUGUUUUCACAAUAUUGUGAUGCUUCAGUUCACAUUCUCUUUAUGGGGUGAAAUCAUCCAAACUAAGGAUGAAUCUUGCUCCUAAUACCAUUUCUCAGGUUUCCUCACCCACCCAAAAAAAACCCUGAAUGUUGCCUGUCAUGGUCAGUUCAGAGUUCUCCCUUUACUAUAGGUGGACUUGAGAAGCAUAUGGGGUCAUAAGAAGGAAUUCAUUAAAGGAACAUUCCUUAAACAUACUGCAAAGCUUUUCAUUUGCUCUGGAUGCAUAAUCCAUCCAAAUUAUUGGUUGCUUCUGGAUAGAGAAGGACAGAAGAAUAGAAUAGGUGUAUAUGACACAAUAAGCCAUAGAGUGUUUUGCACAAAGCUGUGAAUGGCUCCAGUUACCGCUCUUAAUGACCAAACAGCCAUAGCAAGUGUGAUCAUAUCACCAAGGCUCUGCCAUCAGUUUAUAUGAGAACUAAUCUAUUGGAACUCAAAGUGAUCCUUAAACCAGAGAAGCUAAUCUUCUCACCUUAUCUAGUUAGAAAUAUCUCUUAAAUCACACUUAGAUCCUGGUGAUACCAUGGAUAUGUCUAUUCAUUCUUUUUGGCAACAGUAUAAAAACAGUAUGGUUUCCAUUGCUUUUGCCACAAUGUUUUUUUUUAAACUUCCCAUCUUAACGUAAAAGCUCUAGGAAUUCCUAGUAAUCUCCCAUCCAAGGAUUCCAAGCACUAACUAGGCCAGUUGUGUUUUCAAGAUAAAUCAAGGUUCACGAAAUGCUGACAUCUGCUAUAAACUUUCACCAAUUAGUUCUGGGACUGUCCAAUGUGUCUUUCUUAGUAUAUUAGGAGGAAUGAAACCUCAAAAUAGAUAGGCCAUCAGAAAAACAUAUCUGCAAACUCACAAAAGAGUUGGGUUAGGAAAGGAUGAAAAAUAGAGCAUGUGAAUGAAAAUAAUUACAUGGGUGAUAGUGAGCACAGAGAGAAUUUAGCAAUAAUGAACUAGAAACGACCAAUUUUUGUAAAUCUGUUCAUGUGGAAUCUUGGGAAUUUUCAUGUUCAGGACUUCCUCUCCAUUGGACCUUGCAGUAGGCUAAUUUCCUAGAAGAUUAGAAGUUACUUAAAAGCAAGAUAAGAACAGAUUAAAGACUAGGUUUUGGAAGGAAGGAAGAAGAACUUUGCAUUAGAAUGUUAUAGGUUACAUAUUUUUUCAUGUUAUGACUUAAUUUGUUGUAAUACAUCUCAUUCAGAAGGAAUUCAGGAGUAGGAGAACUUCCUGGGUACCUAAUUCUCAUAUAUAUGGAGAAUGUUUUAUAGCCUGAAUGCCAUAGAUAUAAAUUAAGAUAAAAUUAAAAUACAGAAAUAUAUAAUACAGGAGCACAGCUUAAUCUCAAUGUAAUAACCUUUGCACAAAUAUUUACACUGGAUGCAUCAGUACCAAUUCUAUCACAUUCAGAAUAUGUGUUAUCCUUUUUGAUGGAAGCUACCUGUCUGAAAUUAGGCCCGCUUGGCUAUUAAGUAUUCUCUAUUUUGCCUGGCCUCGGGGGUUUUUUUUUAAAUCACAAGAGAAAAGAUUUUCCUUGCCCUGGUAUCUCAGCUCCAUAAACUAGACAUACCAGGGAUUGAUCUAGGGGCUUUAUGUUCCUAAACAGCAGUUCAGCCUCCAAUUUUGGUUGAAUAUUACUGAAUGAAGGCAGAAUGAAAGCUUGAACUAAAGUGAGAAUGUAAACAGCCUAUAGAUGUUUCAUGAUGCAUAUGUGUGCAAGUAUGAAUUUGCAUGUGUGGGUGUCCACACUUUUAAUCCCAGCUCUAACUUUCAAUAUUUGCUAGAAAAACUUAGUACUUAGGCAGGACUGUCAUUUCUAACUAUUUUUUUAGGAAAAUAUACAUACGGUUUCCUUGCAUGAAAAUUUUGAUUUAGCAAAAUUUAAAUAGCCAUAUACACCCUUACUAUUGUUGGAGUACGCCCUCUUCAUGUCUUCCCAGUAAGCUCGAUCCACCAAAGAGAUCACAAAAACUACUUUAAGAAACAAAACAUUCCUUUACUCCUUAAGAUGAGCAUGAUCUUCCCAGUGGUGAAUUUUAUCCUGCACAGAGAAAUUCAUCAGGCUGUGUGGCAGAAAGUUUUAGACACCAACAUAUAUAAUGUGGAAAGUAUUUAAGUAAAAUGACCCAGUAGAACAGCAUGUGAUCUUAAAAAAUGGAGCUCAUUACUGUUCUCUCCUAGAGCCUCUUGGUUCAAGCAUCACUUGUUAUCACUAGCAGUCAAUAAACAAAAGGAAGUUGGUCAUUUUUCCACCUCAUAACCUUGGUUAUGAUAUCAGUAUACAGAAAACAAUACUUCCUCCUAUCUCCCAUGUGAUUAAUCUUGUUCUGAUGUUGAUUCCUGUACCGUUAACUCUAACCUGGAGGUAAUACGUAGUCAUCCCUACCUAGUAUUUGUAAUCGUAAUGUAUCAAGAAUACUGACUCCAAAUAAAAUUAGUUCUACAUUAUUUAAAUUUUCUCACACUAACCAGAAAAUGAUUCGGAACCAAAGAGUGGAAACAGCUUUCCUCUUAUUAUGUCCAACUCCUAUUUUCCCUGCUUGGUUAAGACAGUGAACAUAUCUAUUUAGAAGAGAAAGCUGGCCCCCGGAUGAAUAAAGCACCACACUGAUAAUUACUGGUACUAAGUAGCUUUUUAUAAUACUCUGCUUGUAUGGGUAGGAAAAGAAAACACAUAUAAGAUUUUCCUGUGUAAACUAUUGGGCUAAAGGAAGGCUCCACCCACAUUUCAAGUAGUGUCAUGAUAUUUUGUCUCACCAACUCUCCUGCUUGUACCUGUUGUCUGUGUGCAGUCUAAAUGCAAUUUGUCUCUAUAUUACAGUGGAAGAAAAGGAUACUCCCCUUCAGCACUUUGUCUGGUACCCAAAGGACCAUAUAUAUUUAUUGGAAUUACAGAGCUGUUACGGCUGAGGGCAUCAGGGGUUACUUUUUAAUAGCAGUAAAUGUUUGGUGCUAACUGCAAAGAUCCAUUUCUCUCUUGGCUGAACUUUCUAGUCUGCUGAAGAAGAGAGUAGCUAGAUUUGUACAUCACGCUAAGCCAGUAAUGUAGUUGCCCUUGUUUUGGUUUAGCAUAUUGUAUAAAUCCAGCCACUGCUUUAUAAACCAUGGGUUUUGGCUCAGAAAGCCAACCGCUAUGGUUUAUUUAGUAAGUGAUGGUUAAACAAACCAAGAUGUGUAGCAUGAUCUGUGAACUUACGUUAGCACAUUAUCUCCAAUUCCAUAAUCUGUCAUAUGAUCCUACAAGCAAGCAAAAAAUAAACAGUCUUUACCCACUUA